ACGGCAGAGAGACACAGCGAUGAAGUCCCAUACGGUCGGUGAGUCAGCGAGCAGUUAGCUGUUAAUGUUCAAACUCACCGGCUGUCAAAAAAAGAGGCUGUUAGCGGGGGUUGAUCUCUCGGCGGUUACACAGUGCGGGAAAUUAACGUUAACUCAACCGCCCCCUUGCUCAACGGAUUUUUUUUUACAACGGCUGUUUUUUGGCUGGCUUUUACCCACAGUCAUGUGAUUGUAACGUAAAACCCCUAACCGGAAAACAACGACGGACGACCCUCUCCGCCGCCAACGAAUGCUGCGUUUGCAAGGAACAGUAGAAGCUGCUGCGAGCCCAGAGAGGACGGACGAGUCCCCGGUAACAAACAAACAACGGCGACACGGCAAACUCAAACACGGAUUUCAGCGGAGUGCAGGUUGAAGAAUGGAGUUGGCCAACCAUGGUCUUAUCCUGCUGCAGCAGCUUAACGCUCAGAGGGAGUUUGGCUUCCUGUGCGACUGCACUGUGGCUAUAGGAGAUGUCUUCUUCAAAGCCCACAAAGCUGUCCUCGCCGCCUUCUCCAACUACUUCAGAAUGCUCUUCAUUCAUCAGGACAGUGACUGUGUGCGUCUGAAGGCUGCUGACAUACAGCCAGAUAUCUUCAGCUACCUCCUCAACCUGAUGUACACAGGAAAGCUUUCACCGCAGUUGAUAGACCCUGCGCGCCUGGAGCAGGGGGUCAGAUUCCUGCACGCCUAUCCACUGUUGCAGGAGGCCAGCCAGUCUGUGUAUUCACACCCUGAGCAGCACAGCAUCAACCUCUCCACCUCCCUCUACGGCAUCCAGAUCUCUGACCAACAGGUAGGGCUGUCAGCCAGACUGCCCUCUAGACGGCAGCUCUCUUCACCUUUUGAUAUGGAGCAGCAGAGCUCAGAGGGGAAGUAUCCGUCCACGUCAGCCGCAGCAGCUUCAUACGCCAAUUCCUUACUGUCCAAGGUAGCUUCUUCACCCCCAGACGCGGAGGCUUCAACCAGCGGCACCAAACCUUCAGCAGAGGAGGCGGGAAUGGACUUGCUAAGUGCAGAUGGUUCCUCAGUCAGCGCCAUCCUCCAUGUGAAGCCGAGCAUCAUGAAGAGGAGUUCCUCCUUUAGGAAGCAUUACUCCUGUCAUCUGUGCAGGAGUCGAUUCACCCAGAGGAGCCUGCUGAGAGAGCACCUCCUCCAGCACACCCAGGCUCUUCAGGCGCCAGCUGAGCCCAGCAAUGCACUCUCGCCUAUCAUGACUGGAGAACACAACUCGCUCGAGUUAGAGGGGGUCCUGAAGGGAAUCAAGGCGGGCUCAAGUGCCUUGGCCGCCACCACAGCGGUAGAGAUAAUCAGCGACAGCGAGCAAACGCCUGUUUCAGGUACCAACUCGGACUCUCCCCGAGCAGAGGUGUCCACAUCCAGCUGGGGGUUGGGAGGAUUAAACUCCCAGGCAGACACGCCGCCUCCGUCGGACAUUGCGGACAUCGACAACCUGGAGAGCGCCGACUUGGACAGGGAGGUGAAGCGGCGGAAGUACGAGUGCUCCACCUGCGGGCGCAAGUUCAUCCAGAAGAGCCACUGGCGCGAGCACAUGUAUAUCCACACGGGCAAGCCCUUCAAAUGCAGCGCUUGCGGAAAGAGCUUCUGCAGGGCCAACCAGGCUGCCCGCCACGUGUGCCUGAACCAGGGGGCCGACACCUACACCAUGGUGGACCGACAGAGCAUGGAGCUGUGCGCCGCGGGAGACGACAGCAGCCAGAUGGAGGCCAUGUUCUUGGGCUCGUCGAAGCCUUACAAGUGUAACAUUUGUGCGACCACCUUCUCCAGUCCCAACGAGGUGAUCAAACACUUGUGCUUUACUCAAGGGGGGCUGGCGGGGCUGCAGGGAAACACGGGCGCAGGGAUGCUGCUCCAGCGUGAAGAGUUCUCCAAAGACGAAGGCUCCGAUUUGUCCAACUCUGGCACCCCAUUGGAACCCAUAAAGACUGAGGAAAUCCUCGUAGAGUAGUGCCAAAACAUUUUUAACAUGUACGUUUACUUUCUAAAUUAUGGUAAAUAGGUAAGCUAAAGGUGAAGUUAGUCAGGGUGUGUAUGUUUGAGGUUCUCCAUCUACUUUAGGGUUCUUUUGGUUCAGUAUUUUUGGACUUUCUUGGCCCUGGGUAUGACAAAAAGUGAAUUGGUAAAGUCUAUAUAGAGUCUAUAGCUCUCUCAGUCCAACAGAAUUAGAAAAGCAAAUGCUGACUCAAGGCUAAUGAGGGAGAUGAAGUCACUAUUACCUUGUUUCAUCUCAUUUAUUGUUAAUGAACAUUGGUAUUAGACGCUCACAUGUCAAACUGUGCCACAUUGAUUUUUUUUUAACUGCCGAAGUUGUGGUAAGGCUGCACAGGCAAAUUUUAGAGGAAGAGGAAGCUGAGACAGUUCCGGAGGACACGUGGCAUAUGUGAGAUGAGUUCGCUGUGCUAGAUUUGAGGAGGAGAAAAGAGUUGCAAACUUUUAACAAUCUUUUAAUCCCUCUGGAGCUGGACAGAAGAGUUUUCAUGGUCGUAAAUUAGUUCUGCAGGUCAAUUCUAGAUUAUAAUCCCAGCUAAAUGCACACAACAUAUUCAGACCUGAGACAAUCUGUGCUCUUUUUCUUUGAGCAGAUAUGCAGGAAAGUGCAUUUGUCUUCCAUUCAUGUGUCAGCUCAGCAUAGUGAAAUACCUUGAAAUGUAAAGUAAUGACCAUUAUUUGCUUCCUUCUCAGCAACCAUUGAGUUGUUUUACUGUGUUUUGAUGCCUCUGCUAAGUGUGAUUAUGGUUUCCUAUCUCAUUAAACCUUGUUAAAGCACAAUUGCUCUUCAUAGUAAGAGUUUGGCCAUUGAAAAUGCACCACAAGGAACAAUCUAGAGCAUUCAUGUGUUUACAGUUGAGCCACUUUUUAAAUUUUACUUCAGUCAUAUAACCUUUUGGUGACUGACUGAAUAAGAAACAUGUUCCAUCCAGACACGCACAGCUUUCCUCUACAAAAUUAUACAUCUUCUUUUUUUUUAUUUGCUUCAAGCUACUUCUAAAAGCCCUUAACAUGCUUUUCUAAUUUUAUAUACAAUGCUAUAUUUACAAAGAUUACUUUAUAUUGCAAAGGUUUAUGUGUAUAAGUAGGCAAAUAGCUUUCAGAAUAAAUUUGUUUUAGCAGAAUUUUAUGUAUUAGGGAUGGGCAUGAUAAAUGUAACUUAAAUUUCUAAUAGGUUAGAAAUAAAAAAGAUUUUUUGGUAUUUUAAGUCUCUUCCCCUUCACAAAUUUGUGCAAAUUGCUAACUGUAUUCACUCUGUGCAAAGGGAAAGUCUGCAUUGUUAAGAACUUUGAACAUUUGUAAUUUUUUUUUUAGUAGAUCAGAAAAGUUUUAGUUCUAACAGUUGUCAUUUCUUCAAAAACAUGUUGAGGUCACAGGGAGAUUUAGCUUUAAUAAGAAAUAUGAAAUGACAGGGUGAUAUCUAUACUUGACUGUGUCAUGGGAAUAUAAAAGACGCUAUAAAUUAUAAUUUACAUAAAUUGUGUGUGAUGACAGAAACACUUUCUAUGAACUACUGAUGACUGGAAGUUGUGAAAACAUUUUUACAAGUUAAUGUGAAGCAGUUAUAGGAUCUGUCAGUUUGUAGCAUGUAACAGAAGCACAAGUAGCAUAAUAAAUGGUCAAUUCUCUUCUAGACCCCUCUCAGGCUGAGAUGGUCUGAAUUUACAACAUAGUGAGCAUCAAUGUCUUCAAUUUUAUUCAGUUUUUCUUUUCUUUUUAUCUUCACACAUUUAAAUAUAAAAAUGGAUGCAAUUUGAGGGAGGCUUGUAAAACUGUCUUUAUAUUGUUAUUGUUCCUCCUAGUGGGAAAUAAAUUCUACAUUGUAUUGUUAUUGGAACAUUAUUGCCUUUUUUAGCUCUAAAAAACUAACCAACCCCUACAGUUGCAAAAAUAAAAUAAAAUAUCUUAGUCUAUUUGUCUUCCAAAUUUCUACGUGACGCAGAAGUGAUAGUUAGUCAUCUUAGAGACUAGUUUAACAAUUAAGAAGACUAAUAGUAAUAAAAUUUGGAUAAUUUGGCCACAAAGAAGCCAUUACACAUGUAUUAUAGAUAGUAUUUUAAAUAUAGUAUUUGUUGGAUUUAUGGAUUUGUUUCCAUGUUUUUAAUUAUUUUAAGAAUUUUGUUUAAAUGUAAAAAAAAAAAAAUGCCCAUCCCUAGUAUGUUUUAUAUAUAUUUUUAGUUUUUUCCCCUCUUAAACCAAUUUCAACCAGCCUCAAGUACAGAGGCCUGUUCAUAAAGCAAGUUUAUGUGGCAAGCCAGGCUUAUUUUGGUUUGUCUGACUUAAUUUCAGUAGGAUUUGUUAAAUAAAGCUUAUUUAACAUAGUUUAACGCUUGGAUACUGUGGCAAGUUAUGCCGGAAAACUAGUUAAAAAAUGUAACCAAAUCAGCUACAAGUCAGACGAACUAAAAUAAGCCUGGUUAUUUAGUAAACUUGCUUAUGAAACAAUUCCCCGUUUUGUGACAGUGAGUAUAAGGCCCAGUUCCAAUUCAGUUUAAGUGGGAUAUUUGUAUUUAAAUCCUGCUAUAUUAAGUAUUGGGGGGGAAAGAAGUUGCUGCUUUGAUGCAAUGCGCCCAGUGUUCAGCUAGAUGGAGCUGUUUUUCUUAUUUGUCUACUCAGGUCCAGUGAGGGGAAAGGCUGUCAAAUUUGAAGUUAUAUCUUUGUUAAUGUUUUUGUGAUGUGGUAACCAAUUAUAUGGCCAUCUCUGCCAUAAAUCCACCAUUCCACCAUGUGGUAAACAUAAAAGACAACACACAAUUGUUUUCAGUAUUGACUAACAGGGAAGGAUUGAUGUUUGUGUCGUGAUUCAAGCUUGUUUUGUUGAUGCGACUGAAACUACUACUGUACUACUGACAUUCAUUUCUCAGAGCUCGGUUGAUACACAGAAAUAUGCACAGCUUUAUGAACAGUCUAAUCCCUUCUUCAGUUAAAUUCUUAUUCUGCCACACCAGUCUUGUAACUUAAUGGUUUUGUUUGUUUGUGUUUAAACAUCUCAGUAAUCUCAGGAAGAUGAGACGUUUGACAUUUGUCGUUUUUGUCCUCCAUAACUUCAUUUCAAACCCUUUGUUGUUCUCCCUGACUCCAUCUGACAUCAACUGUGAUCAAUCUGUGUUCUCAGGAAUGUGAGUAAUUUUCUGUAUAUUCUUUUUUUUUUUUCAAUGAAGAAUGAACAAUAAAAACAUGUCUUUUUAUA